CAUCAUGGCCGCUAAGUCAGACGGGAGGCUAAAAAUGAAGAAGAGCAGCGACGUGGCAUUCACCCCGCUGCAAAAUUCGGACCACUCGGGCUCGGUGCAAGGAUUGGCUCCGGGAUUGCCGUCGGGGUCUGGAGCGGAGGACGAAGAGGCUGCCGGGGGUGGCUGCUGUACGGACGGUGGUGGUGGUGGCUGCUCCCGGUGCUGUUGCUGCGGCGGCGGCAGCAAUAGCUCGGGCGGCGGCUCGGGGGUCUCUGGCGGCGGCGGUGGGGGGGGCUCCUCCUCGUUGUGCCUGCGUUUAGGCAGGGAACAGCAACGCUACUCGCUGUGGGACUGCCUCUGGAUUCUGGCCGCUGUAGCUGUGUACUUCGCGGAUGUAGGUACAGACAUCUGGCUGGCAGUGGACUACUACCUGAGGGGCCAGCGCUGGUGGUUUGGACUUACUCUCUUCUUCGUGGUGUUGGGUUCCCUCUCCGUGCAGGUGUUCAGCUUCCGCUGGUUUGUGCACGAUUUCAGUGCUGAGGACAGUUCCACGAGCGCUUCAACUGCAACGGCAGCCGCUGCUUCCUCUUCCUCUAGCUGCCCGCAGCCAGCAGCCGACUGCAAGACGGUGGUCAGCAGUGGGUCUGCAGUUGGAGAAGGAGAUGCUCGUCCUUCAACACCGCAAAGGCAAGCUUCAAAUGCCAGCAAAAGCUAUACCACCACCAACAGCAGCAACAGCAGCAGUGCCACUCGGGCCAGCGGCAAGAACAGGUCUGCGUCCUGUUCGUUCUGCAUCUGGCUCCUGCAGUCACUCAUCCACAUCUUGCAGCUCGGGCAAAUCUGGAGAUAUUUCCACACCAUAUACUUGGGUAUCCGAAGCCGCCGGAGCGGGGAGAAUGACAGAUGGCGGUUCUACUGGAAGAUGGUGUAUGAGUAUGCAGAUGUGAGUAUGCUGCAUUUGCUAGCCACCUUUCUGGAGAGUGCUCCGCAACUGGUCCUACAACUCUGCAUUGUCGUUCAGACUCAUACCUUGCAGGCCCUCCAAGGUCUCACCGCUGCCGCCUCCCUUGUUUCCUUGGCUUGGGCUUUGGCUUCUUACCAGAAAGCCCUUCGGGAUUCCCGGGAUGAUAAGAAACCCAUCAGCUACAUGGCUGUCAUCAUUCAGUUUUGCUGGCAUUUCUUCACCAUCGCAGCAAGGGUCAUCACCUUCGCCCUCUUUGCCUCUGUUUUCCAGCUCUACUUUGGGAUCUUCAUCGUCCUUCACUGGUGCAUCAUGACCUUUUGGAUCGUCCACUGUGAGACAGAAUUCUGCAUCACAAAAUGGGAGGAAAUUGUCUUCGACAUGGUGGUCGGAAUCAUCUACAUUUUUAGCUGGUUCAAUGUGAAGGAAGGCAGGACACGUUGCCGGCUGUUCAUUUACUAUUUUGUGAUUCUUUUGGAAAAUACCGCCUUGAGUGCCCUUUGGUACCUGUAUAAGGCUCCCCAGAUUGCAGAUGCAUUUGCCAUACCAGCACUGUGUGUGGUAUUCAGCAGCUUUUUAACGGGCAUUGUUUUUAUGUUGAUGUAUUAUGCCUUCUUUCACCCCAAUGGACCCCGUUUUGGGCAGUCACCAAGCUGUGCUUGUGAGGACCCGGUAGCAGCCUUCACUCUGCCUCCAGAAGUGGCCACAAGCACUCUAAGAUCUAUUUCCAAUAAUCGCAGCGUUGCCAGUGAUCGGGAUCAGAAGUUUGCAGAGCGGGAUGGGUGUGUGCCUGUAUUUCAGGUGAGGCCGACUGCCCCUUCCACCCCAUCCUCCCGACCACCAAGGAUUGAAGAAUCAGUCAUUAAAAUUGAUCUGUUCAGGAAUAGAUACCCAGCCUGGGAGAGACACGUGUUGGACAGAAGCCUACGAAAGGCCAUCUUAGCUUUUGAAUGUUCUCCUGCUCCUCCGAGGUUACAGUACAAAGACGAUGCCCUUAUUCAGGAACGACUGGAGUACGAAACUACUUUGUAGAAAACUGAAAAGUUUUGAAGGAGCCAUGACGUUACAGUCCAUAUUAAGGGUUGACAACAGGGCUGUGGCAAUAACUAUACUCUGUUGUAGAGUAGAACAAGGAGCUGUAAAGGUCUUAGUCUGGCUAUCAUCAUGAUUAUCAUUUGAUCCACAAGCUGCAGACUGGCAGCUGUAAUACCUUUUUCAGGGAAGCAGCCCCUGAGAGUCUCAGUUCCUUUACCUGAGGAGCAGAUCCCCAGUUCUUUUUUACUCCUUAUUCCUAUCAAACUCCUGCCAGAGCUUUCAGUCAAAACUAUAGGAGGAUUUUGAUGUGUACAUGCUGCCUCCAAUUAACAGGGCAUUUUAAUGGGGCUGCCUGAUCUUUGCAUAAAAACAUAUUCAAUCAUGAUUUAUACAACAUGCAUACACACACACACACACACACACACACACACAAUCUUCUGUCAAAAUGACUUAGAUAGUUUGUCAAUAUAAAGCUCUGUUUUCUUGCAGGAACAAAAUGAGAAAAUUAUUUCCUCAAGUCUUCAGAAAAAGAAACUUUUUUUUUUAAAUUGGUAAAUAUUUUCUCAUUUGGGAAAAAUGUAUGUCAGCCUACCAGUGGACAGCAAAUGAAAGUGCACUUGUACAAGUGUUAAUAUUGAUGGAAUGGUUAGUUUUCUAUGAAAUUCAGGAUUUAUUUUCACUAAAAUUUUCAGUUGACAGCAUCCUUUUUGACAGAAAUCCUAUGCAGCACAUUUUUGGCUUUGAACAAGACCAAGGAGCUCUAAGAAUUUAGUGAUGUAAAUUAAAUGAUAAUCAUGAUUCAGUAUUUAAUUGCAAAAAGAGAGAGGAAAAAAGCAAGAGAAAGUAUAAAAGGAAGGAAGGAAGGAAAAAAUGGCAAAAUCUAAGCAUGGGUUUUCCAGGCUUCUGGAGACCAUGUUUUUUUCAUUGUGAGGGGACAAGCAUCUGGAGAUUAAAAUGUCGUAACUUGAAUUUGUUUCAGGACACAGAAUGCAUGGCUCUGUGUGUGAAUGUAUGCAGGUACAGUGUGAUGAGAGUACGUGACAUGCCAUACCCUUCUAGUGCCAAACAUUGUCGAACUACAAGAUUGAUACUAAUGCCCAAGGGACAGACCCUGAAUAGCAAGAGCCCUACAGAAAGCAGGAAGCAAGGAAGAACAGUCAAGUUCUCCACGUGUACAGACAGUUUGGUUUAUCUUUAUCCCCAACUCAAGUUGAAAGUGAUGUGUCUUUUAGAGGCUUUGGGCCACUCAUUAGUAAGUAUGAGCAGACAAAACCAAUGAAAUAAGUGAUGGGGUAAGCCCUUUCGAACUUCUGGAAGGCUUAUCUCUUUAUCUAGCUAACAAUAUGUUUGAAUUGUUUGUAUAAAAAAAAUAAGAUUCUGGGUUUAAAAUACCUCCCUACAGCAAGUAAAUGUUCUCCCUUUUUUCUGUUGGAAAUGUCCUCCCUCAUGGUGCUUUUGGUUGCAUUAAAGGUGCAGGUCAAAUUUUAA